AUGAGCACCCCUAAAGCUGUGGAUGACAUAGAGCAAGCUCGACUGGAUUUAAAACUGCAAAGUAAAGCUAACCAAACUCUGUCGCAGGUCCUCUCCGGCAAGGGAGGCGUGGGCAAAUCCUCCGUAACCCUCCAACUUGCGCUGGCGCUCUCCCUACAAGGCAAAUCCGUCGGUAUUCUCGACAUCGACUUGACGGGACCCUCAAUCCCACGCCUAGUCGGCCUCGAAGGAGAAAAGAUCACACAGUCCCCAGCCGGCUGGCUUCCCGUCUUCGUCCACGAUGCCACCACCAUCCCGCCAGCUACAGAAACAGAAGGCGCAUCACCUUCAACACCCACACCCCGCGGUUCGCUCCGCUGCAUGUCCCUCGGCUUCCUCCUCCGCGACCGGGGCGACGCCGUCAUUUGGCGCGGGCCUAAGAAAACAGCCAUGAUCCGCCAGUUCCUUUCGGAUGUGGCCUGGGGCUCAACGGACUAUUUACUCAUUGAUACCCCGCCCGGUACAAGUGACGAGCACAUCGCGCUGGCAGAACAACUCCUGACUCUCUCGACGGCGGACCCGAGCCUCGCAGCUCAGAAUAAUAUACCCAGAUUAACUGGUGCCGUGCUCGUGACGACCCCACAGGCCGUUGCGACGUCGGACGUGCGCAAGGAAGCAAACUUUUGCGUUAAGACGAGUAUUCCAAUUUUAGGGGUUAUUGAAAAUAUGUCCGGGUAUGCUUGUCCUUGCUGUGGGGAGGUGAGCAAUCUGUUCUCCAGUGGUGGUGGUGAGGUUAUGGCGCAGCAGUUGGAUAUUCCAUUCUUGGGUAAAGUGCCCGUGGAUGUCAAGUUUGGCGAGCUUGUUGAAGGGAAGAUGGAGGCUGGCAGCGAUGAUGAAGGUGAAGAUGAAGGUGAAGAUCCCGCGCAAGAGGUGCAGGCUCCUGUUGAGCCGGAUCUCCGGCCUCUCGUUGAGCAAUAUAAAGAUGGAUGGUCUUAUCCGCGAUUCGAAGGAUUCGCGAAGACUAUUGUCGGAUAUGCACAGGAAUCGAAUGGGGUGGUGGCUUAG